CGUUUCCGACCGUGGGAGCCUCGGCUUCCCAGUCGUCCGAUGAGCCUGAGCAGCAACAGAAAAGUGCCACUGUAAGCCAUGAGAUGUCUGGUCUGAAUUGGAAACCCUUUGUUUAUGGCGGCCUUGCCUCUAUCGUUGCUGAGUUUGGAACGUUCCCUGUGGAUCUUACGAAAACACGCCUUCAAGUUCAAGGCCAAAGCAUUGAUGUGCGUUUCAAAGAGAUAAAAUAUAGAGGGAUGUUUCAUGCCUUGUUCCGAAUCUAUAAAGAAGAAGGUGUAUUGGCACUGUAUUCAGGAAUUGCUCCUGCUUUACUAAGACAGGCAUCAUAUGGCACCAUUAAAAUUGGGAUUUACCAAAGCUUGAAGCGAUUAUUUGUAGAACGUUUGGAAGAUGAAACUCUUCUAAUUAAUAUGAUCUGUGGGGUAGUGUCAGGAGUGAUAUCUUCCACUAUAGCCAAUCCCACUGAUGUUCUAAAGAUUCGGAUGCAGGCUCAAGGAAGCCUGUUCCAAGGGAGCAUGAUUGGCAGCUUCAUCGAUAUAUACCAACAGGAAGGCACCAGGGGUCUGUGGAGAGGUGUGGUCCCAACUGCUCAGCGUGCUGCUAUUGUUGUAGGAGUGGAGCUACCAGUCUAUGACAUUACCAAGAAACACUUAAUAUUGUCCGGAAUGAUGGGCGACACAAUUUUAACUCACUUUGUUUCCAGCUUUACAUGCGGCUUGGCUGGGGCUCUGGCCUCCAAUCCGGUUGAUGUGGUACGAACUCGCAUGAUGAACCAGAGGGCAAUCGUGGGACAUGUGGACCUCUACAAGGGUACUUUGGAUGGUAUUUUGAAGAUGUGGAAACAUGAGGGCUUUUUUGCACUCUAUAAAGGAUUUUGGCCAAACUGGCUUCGACUUGGACCCUGGAACAUCAUUGUAUCCUUUUAGAACCCAAGAGAAUGAAAGCAAAUGCUUCAAGCUUUCAGCUUCUAGAGGCUGCCUGCACUCCUAGGCUCCUGGACCCACCACUUCGACCUCUGCUUCCAUGAUCACUUCUCUGACUCGGACCCUCCUGCCUCCCUCUUUUAAGGACCCUUGAGAUGACAUUGGGUCCACCUGAACAAUCCAGGCCAACCUCCCCAUCUCAAGAUCCUUAACUUAAUCACAUCUGCAAAGUACCUUUUACCAGGUAAAGUCACAUAUUCAUAGGUUCCAAGACAUGGACAUGGACAUCUUUGUGGGAGGCAUUUUUCUGCCUAGCACACUGGUAUUCUCUGCUGCAUACAUCUCUUUCCUCUGCAUCCUCCCCUUCAGCAGAGCCUGCCAUUGAAGCCAGGCUCCUGGGAGAGGAGCUCUAGGAAGGCAGCCAAGACAAGUGUGCCUGAUUUCUUGUGGCUAGACCAGCCAUCUGCCUGCAAUGAUUUAGCUGCAUCUUGCCUAAGGACAAAGCUUCAGGGACAUUUAAUAUCUCUUCCUGAAUGACUGGUACAUAUAUUACUGUAAAAUAUGCACCCGUGUGAAAAGAAUGGAAUAGGUUUAUAUGUACUGACACAGAGAGACCUCCAAGACGUACUAAUGAUUGACAAAUCAAGCCACCAAUCAGUAUGUAGAGUCUGGGCCCAUUUAUGGGAAAAAACCCAAAACCCAAAUAUACGUGUGUAUCAAUGCAUAGAAUGCAUAGAAAGGAGACUGUUACCAAAGAGCGAAUAACUUUGAAGCCCUCCACCAUGGAAUUGAUGGUGGAGUGAAGAGUCAUGAUUUACUUUGAAUACUUGUUACUUGUCCUAUGUUUUCACACUGAGAAUGAAUUUUUGUGAUUUUGAAAGAAAAAACUUCCCCCAAAAUGUCCUAUUUCAGCUGAGACACCAUUUUACAGAGGGCUUUUCUAGACCAUGUGGAAAUGCAUGUGUGCACGUGUACACACACACAGUAUAUAGUCAUGCAUCCUUAAAGACAGGGAUAAAUUCUGAGAAAUGCAUCAUUAGGUGAUUUUGUCAUUGUGUGAACAUCACAGUGUACUUACACAAAGAUG